AUGUUCAACUCGAUCCGUGACUCGGACGGGUCGUUCUGGGAGCCCCUGGAACCUGAGUAUCAAGAAGAAGAAGAAGAAGAAGAAGAGUACAUCUCUUACUGGCAGUCGCAGGAGACUAUUGAAGUUAUUCUCGCUUCUCAUUCAAGUUUGGGAGUCAAGGAAAAUGAAAGAGCUGCAGCCGCCGUCACGACUCCGAGUCUGACUCAGAAAACGAAAGCUGACUCAGUGGAAAGUUGCAAAGUCAUAGUACGGGCUCAACUUGAAGCUUCUUGCACAGCGGCUGGUACUACCUGUCAGAUUCGCAAGAGGAAGAUCGACAAGACGGUCGACACCAACUUGAAGCUGCCACAUUACAGUGACAAGGAGAACGUAUUACUAUCUCUGAGUCUGGAUCGUACUCCAGUUGCUACCAUCAAGCGCAUCCGGCGGGAGAAAACAGGUACUGAUUGGCAGACAGUUCUCGACGUAGUCAAGUAUGGUGAAGAACAACAAAAGAAAACACCUGCAGUGAUUGAGGACAAGUAG